AUGGUGGAACACGACACCCGCCGCACCACCAUUGACCGCCUGGAAGAAGCUAUCGCCGCCCUCUCCGAGAGACACUCAGACCUUGCCAACAAGGUUGAAGCCAUGUGCGAAUGUCUUUCGCACCUCACCACUCCCUCGCCGUCGGUAACACAGCCUUCCUAUCCCUCUAGACCGUCGGUCAAGCUCGAUGUCCCUCGUUUUGACGGCUAUGAUCCACUAGGUUGGAUCUUCAAAAUCUCACAAUUUUUCGAGUAUCAAGGGACCCCGAAAGAAGAACGCAUCAUGGUGGCGUCCUUCUACCUCGACGGCCCAGCAUUGAGUUGGUUUCAAUGGAUGUUCCGAAAUGGAUUUAUUACGUCAUGGCCAGCACUGCUCCAAGCAAUCGAGGCUCGUUUUGCUCCUUCUUUCUACGAUGAUCCACGAGGAACGCUAUUCAAGCUAGUCCAACGAAGCUCAGUCACGGAGUACCUCACCGAAUUCGAGAGGUUAGCAAACCGUAUUACCGGUCUCUCCCCCUCAGUCUUAUUAAGCUGCUUCAUCUCCGGCCUAAGUCCAGAAAUCCGGCGAGAGGUACAAGCCUUCCAACCUAUAUCGCUUCCCCAAGCUACCUCCUUAGCCCGCCUGCAAGAAGAUAAAAUCAAUGACCGUAAGAAACACUACCCUCGACCUUCAUCUUCCCUUCCAUCACCAUCCUUCCCUCACAUAAACAGUAACCCACCACCCAUGCCUAAACCUCAUUUCGUUCAGAGGACCCAAGAGGACAUGGCCUAUAGGCGCGAAAAGGGCCUAUGUUAUAAUUGUGAUGAGCAGUGGAGCUCAUCUCAUCGAUGUAGGGGACGCGUCUUGUUCCUCAUAGCUGACUCUGAAGAACCUCUACCUUCAGAACCACCUCACAAUGAACAAUCUCACGCCAUCACACUCGAACCUCAGACUGCCUCACCUGUGCCGGAACCAACUUUUGACCCCACCAUCCUUCAACCCCAUAUUAGUUUACAUGCCAUGGCAGGAGUUCCAGCUACAGACACUUUCUACCUUUAUGGAACCAUCAACAAAACCCGCGUUACUAUACUAAUAGAUAGUGGAAGCACUCAUAAUUUCAUUCAGCCUCGCGUUGCUAAAUUCAUGAACUUCGACGUUGAAGACACCAUGCCUCUUAGAGUGAUGGUAGGUAAUGGUUCAGUAAUGGAGUGCAAUAAGCUAUGUGCCAAUACACAGCUCUGUAUACAAGGACAUAUGUUUACAGUGACGCUAAGGGUACUACCCCUGAGCGGAGCCGAGGUCGUCUUGGGCGUAGAGUGGCUUCGGACUUUGGGGCCUGUUAUCACCAACUACGCCUCCUUCACGAUGCAUUUUUCAUACUUGGGCGAAUCCAUCAACCUCCACGCGGACGUUCAGGCAGAUUCUGAUCCAGCUUCAGCUACCCAGAUUAAACGCAUAAUCUACACUAAUUCUACUUCAGGGUUGUUCCAUCUUUCCCUUCUGUCCAUGGAUGCAACUGCGACACCCCCAUAUCCCUUCCAUUCCAUUCCCGCCAUUAAUAAGCUUUUACUUAAAUACCAAGCUCUAUUCCAGCAACCCUCGGCCCUACCCCCUUCCCGACAACAUGACCAUCACAUCAACAUCCUCCCCUCAGCUAACCCCGUCAAUGUCCGGCCAUAUAGAUACCCUCAUUUCCAGAAAACGGAGAUUGAACGCCAGGUCUCAACCCUUCUUGACUCCGACCUCAUCCGGCCCAGUCGGAGCCCCUUCUCUUCCCCGAUAUUGUUGGUGAAGAAGAAAGAUGGGACAUGGCGGAUGUGCAUUGACUAUAGGGCGUUGAAUGCAAUCACCAUUCGGGAUAGAUUCCCACUGCCAACGAUAGACGAACUCCUCGACGAGUUAGGGAAGGCAUCGUGGUUCUCCAAGCUAGAUUUAUGGCAAGGUUUUCACCAGAUAUUGGUGGUUGAAGAAGAUAUCCCGAAGACAUCCUUUCGCACUCACCACGGUCACUACGAGUAUCGGGUGAUGCCGUUUGGGCUCUGCAACGCACCAUCGACGUUCCAAGCAGCCAUGAACGCCUUGCUCCGCCCAUUCUUGAGGAAGUUUGCGGUCGUCUUCUUCGACGACAUUCUGAUCUACAGCACAACCUUCAACGAUCACCUUCAUCAUCUCGAAUGCGUUUUCAGUUCUUUCCUACAAGCUUGCUACUACCUGAAGCAAUCCAAGUGCCUAAUUGGUCAACGCCAGCUUGACUAUCUGGGCCACGUCAUCUCCGGCAGCGGUGUCAGACCUAACCCUACUAAGAUUCAGGCGAUCGUUGAGUGGGCUAUGCCACGAUCUCCGAAAGAUCUCCAUGCCUUCCUCGGCCUUACGGGGUUCUACCGGAAGUUCAUACGAGGAUACGCCACCAUGGCAACACCAUUAACAAAACUUCUUUGUAAAAAUGAGUUUUAG